GUCACGCGGGAGAGCGCGAGCGCCGCGCAUGCGUCAAGCGCACCCGGCGCAUGCCCAGAAAGGAGAGAGUGAGAGAGGAGCUUCUGUGGUGCUGCUAUCCUCGCUCUCGUCUUGUGUUUUGGGAGCGGCGGCCAUGAGCGGGUUCGGCGCCGGCGGAGCCCCGCCGAGGAGUGUCAGCAGCGAGACGCUGGAGAAGAUCGACAUGUCGCUGGAUGAUAUAAUUAAACUGAAUAAGAAAGAAGAGAGGAAGCAGUAUCCUCCCAGAAUGAAGAGGGGGCUUCAACAGGCUGGCAAGCGGCAAUUCCGGAUGAGGAGAACCAAAUGGGGAAUCCAGGAGUACACAGGUUUUGGAAAGAACCGUUUAGGACGCAGAAAACGGGUAGCUGGAAAGAGACCUCCCUAUGGAGUCAAAACCGGGCUAGCGGCAAGGAAAGCCUUGGGCUCUCUCAAAGGCAUCAGCCCCCUCAACAGAUCGCCUCUCAGUGAAAAGAACAUACAGCGGAACUACUCUGUUUUGAAAAGGAAGACCACCAUCCAAAGACAAUCAGAGUUGCAGAGAAAGCAAGGAGCCAUUCUCAGGAGGCCUACUUUGUUAAACAGAAGAACCAACAUACAGUCUCCUUCUGCCAGGAUCGGGAAUAAGCUCUACCAGCAGAAAGACGCACGCCAAGCCACUUUCCUUUUUAAGAGGGGCCUGAAGGUGCAGGCCCAAGUCCAUCCAGAAGAUGACCUAAGCGCCCAGGUCACAAACAGAACUCGCCCAUGGCGAACAUCCACUACAAAUGGAGGGAUUUUGACUGUAUCCAUUGACAAUCCUGGCGCAGUCCCAUCCCCCAUUGCUUUGAAGCCAAGGCUGACCAGCACUCCCGUGCCUCCCUUCCUCAUGAAGAGGGACCAGUCGGAAGAGAAGAAGAUUCCCAAAGGGGUCCCGCUGCAGUUUGAUAUCAACAGUGUCGGAAAGCAGACGAACAUGACCCUCAACGAGCGCUUUGGGAUCCUGAAGGAGCAGAGAACGGCUCUCUCCCAGAACAAAGGCAGCCGUUUCGUGACUGUGGGCUAGAGGGCCUUUUCAGGGGAACCCCAUCUUUCUAAGAAACUGAACUAGCAAUGGGCCGAAAAAUAAGUUGAACUUUGUGUCAAGAUACUGAUAAACUGAAUUUUGUUUUUAAACGGCUUCUACUUGAAUAGUUAAAAAGAGAACACCCUCACAUGAUAGUGGACCAUAAAAAGAGAAAAUUCAGUGUUGCUUGGAAAACAGCAUCCUGUUGUCUGGACUGCAAGGGUCCACAUAAGUUCCUGGAGGAGGGAGGGCAAAGCCGGUUGUUCUUAUUUUGGUUUCUUAAGCAGCCGACAGAAGUGGUGAUCAAUGCAGGGGUAAUUCUUUGCUCCACCCGCUCUUGCAAAGCUGUGUCAUUUCAUUUUGUGCCCCUGGCUGCCGAAAUUUGCUUAAAACGUUUGCAGCGGACAGCACUUGGCUGCCGCUGCUCGUCUUUCCGUUACUUUGGCUCACUGAUAUUUCUUUCACUCAAGCUCUGCAGUUCAUCUGGCACUAGAAGCUAAAUUGUUUGACAACCGUGGCAGCAAGUAAGAAUCCAGCUUUUUUUUGGCGUUGAAAAGGCGUAGCGGUCAUUCUCGUCCCCUUAAGUGAUAGAACAAGGCCUCACAUGAGGCCACAGCAAGAACCUACUCCACAUCCUCGAGAAAUGACCAUACAGGGUGCAUACAAGCUAUUUCCCCCCUUUCUUUUUUUAAAGCUGUGAGUUUGCUUCAGAUAUUCAUCGGCUGAACCUAUGCUUUGAUGACCAUUCAAUGUUACCGGAUCAAUUAUUUCGGUUGUUGCUCUGUUGUGUUGUACAAAUGUGGCACUUUUGUGACUCGUAUACCUAGUGGCAGACCCAACAGGUGAGCAUUGUGAGGUUCAAGGCACCUUCCUGUUGCUUCGAGGGAUCAAAAGUUGUGGCGUCGCCAUAGGAAAACACACACACACACACUUCAUGUGCGCUGGAUUUUGAGUUCAACAUAAUUGCCUGUGAGGACACCUCCUAUUUCCUGGAUUUAAAAUUUCUAUAGUGGGUGUGUUGGGAGGCACACCUACGUAAAAGGAUGCCAGGUUUGCUCAGUCUCAGAAACCUGGUAUAUGUAACUUGAUCUUUGUUUUUCUUUGACAAUUCUUUAAAAAAAUAGUUUAUUGUGGAGAUCAAAACAAAUACUUGGCAGUAGCAAGGCUGCCUUUAGAGCAGUUUUUAUGUAGUCAUGCCUCCAUGACAAUUUAAUGCUCACCAUCUUCUGUUUUUAAUUAUUUGAAAUAUCUUCUAUACCUUUGCAAUGGGAAAAAUGGAAUAUUAAAGUUCCUCCUUUUGUGUUGUUGUUUUUUUACUCGGUUAGUAGGAAUUCUGUUGAAGUCCAUUAGAAAUGAAGUAGAUAAAUAUGCUUAUGAUCAUCCUGUGUUUGGUUUCUACCAGGAUGUACU